AUGCCGGCUUCCUGUCAGGAUAUCAGGAACGCACUGGCGCAAUGCCUCCAAGAAUCCGACUGCAUUAUGGUCCAGCGACACAGCCCGCGGGAGUGUCUCAGUGACCCUCACGUCGACCAGCUCCCGAUGCGAUGCCAGCAGCUGCGGAAGGGCUUCAGCGAGUGCAAACGCGGCUUGAUCGACAUGCGCAAACGAUUCCGCGGGAACCAGCCGAUCUCGGUAUCGACGGAACUCGAGGGGGGAAGCUCCAACAAGUCCCAGCAGUUGUAUGCUGGCAAGCCGGCGUUCGAGUCGGUCAAGGAGAUCAGUGGAGAUGAGGUGAGGAUGGAUCCCGAGAAGACGAGAGGUCUGUGA